AUGGCUUCCACUCUUCGCCAGCGUGACGUCGCCAACGACGGCGCCGCCAACAAGGCUGCCCUCCUCCGUGAGGCUGAGGACCUCGAGCUCACCGAGGGCCAGAAGUUCGUCGUCCCCAACUUCACGACGAAGCAGCUCCUCGACGCCAUCCCUGCCCACUGCUUCAAGCGCUCGGCCCUCCGUUCGUCACUCUACGUCCUGCAGGAUGCCGUCGUGAUCGCCGCCCUCGUCUACGGCGCGCUGCACAUCGACUCGUUCCUUGCUCGCUUCAACCUGAGCAAGCCCGUUGAGAUGGCCGCCCGUAUCGCUCUCUGGAUCGGCUACCAGAUUACCGCGGGUCUCUUCGGUACCGGUAUCUGGGUUAUCGCCCACGAGUGCGGUCACCAGGCCUACUCGUCUUCCAAGGCUAUCAACAACGGUGUCGGAUGGGUUCUCCACUCGGCCCUCCUCGUCCCUUACCACUCGUGGCGUAUCUCUCACGGCCGCCACCACGCUGCCACCGGCCACCUUACCCGUGACGAGGUCUUCGUUCCCCGCACCCGUUCCCAGCGCGGUAUCUCGCCCAAGAAGCACGAGUCGGAGCAGAAGGGUAUUGCCGUUCCCGCCUGGCGCCAGGCCGAGCUCAAGGAGGCUCUCGAGGAGUCGCCCAUCGGCGCUCUCUGGGGUGCUUUCCUCCACCAGCUCUUCGGUUGGCCCAUGUAUCUGAUCCGCAACGCUUCCGGCCAGCUCCACUACCCGCCUUACACCAACCACUACCAGCCCAGCUCUGUCAUCUUCCGUGCUUCGCAGUACUGGGACAUCAUCUGGUCUGACAUUGGUGUCGCUCUUGUUCUCGCUGGUCUCGGUGUCUGGGCCUACUACCGUGGUGUUACCGAGGUCUUCCUGACCUACUUCAUCCCCUACCUCUGGGUCAACCACUGGCUCGUCUUCAUCACCUUCCUCCAGCACACCGACACCACCGUCCCCCACUACUCUGAGAAGACCUGGACUUUCGCCCGCGGUGCCCUCGCCACUGUUGACCGUGACUUCGGCUUCGUCGGCAAGUACAUCUUCCACGGCAUCAUUGAGACCCACGUCGCCCACCACACUGCCUCGCGCAUGCCCCACUACAACGCUUGGGAGGCCACUGAGCACCUCAAGAAGUUCCUUGGCAAGCACUACCAGUACUCGGACGAGAACAUGUUCAAGGCCUUCUUCCGUGUCUACCGCGAGUGCCUCUUUAUCGAGGACGGUGAGGACGUUGCCUUCUUCAAGAACGCCGCCGGUGUCGCCAAGAUGGUCGGCGUCGAGGAGGGCGGCAACGUUUCGGACUCUGGCAUCGACGCCAAGGCCCAGUAA